UUAGCCGGCGCUCAGGUCCGCAGCGGCAGGCCGCAGCCACCCGCCCACCCACCACGCGUUAGAUUCCAAACCAGGAGACCCGUGCCGUACUUCACCUUCCCACCCCCACCAGGCCAGGCCACCACUGUUCGUCGAGCACCUCGCGAGCAAAGGCAGGCGGCGGCUGCAGCGGGCGGGCGGGCUGUCAUGGAGGAGAGCAGCGCGAGCUCUGCAGCGGUGGUGCCGCGGCUGUUGGCGGCGAAGGCGGAGUGCGGGAAGAGCUUCUCGGACAUCGCGGCCGAGACGGGGCUCACCAACGUCUACGUCGCGCAGCUGCUACGCCGCCAGGCGCAGCUUAAGCCCGAGACGGCGCCCAAGUUGCGGGCGGCCGUCCCGGCGCUCACCGACGAGCUCGUCGAGCUCAUGAUGCGGCCGCCCUUCCGGUCCUACCACCCGGAAAUCGUCCACGAGCCCGCCAUAUACAGACUGAAUGAAGCUGUUAUGCAUUUUGGAGAGAGCAUCAAGGAAAUCAUCAAUGAAGACUUUGGUGAUGGGAUCAUGUCAGCUAUAGACUUCUAUUGUUCAGUUGACAAGGUUCGAGGAGCUGAUGGAAAAGAUCGUGUGGUGGUCACAUUUGAUGGGAAGUAUCUGCCUUACACCGAGCAGAGAUCUGAACAUAUGAUGUCAAGAUUGACCCGUGACGCAUCUUGAGAUGGCUGCUGCUGGGGAAAGAGGAUGUAUGUUAUUGUGCAGUGUCUCCAUGGAAUAAUGUUGUACUCAGAAAAGAAUGGAUCACCCUUCUUAGACUCUACGGGAUGGAUAAUAAACUCAUGAACUGUUAGACUGUGGUGUCACGUUCUUCUUUUGCGUUCCUAUAACUGAAGGACAAACAUGCUAUACGAAAUGUUAGCUGUGCUUAUAUCACACCUUGACAUGCCAAGAGUAAGAAUUUGCCAGGUAGUGUGCCCCUUGGCAUUUGCAAUCUCGAAAGUGAGGCCA